AUGUCAAUUAUAGGACUUGAUACAUAUCUUGAUAACUGUGAGCAAUGUGAAGUCAUAUUAGAAGUAAUUUACCCUUCAAAUAAUAAAUAUUUAUUCAAUAAAACUAAUAUUAUUAAUACCAAUACUAGAUUCACAAAAGCAAUUUUAACUAAAAAUAUAAAUUGGAUUUCUGUAAACCCUUCUAUAAAUAAAUCUUCUGAAAAGUAUAUGUUGGAAUUAGAGGAUAUUUCUAUAAUUACAGCAGCCA